UAUGGGUUCAUUUGGAAUUAGGCACAAGUCCCCCAUGAUGCCUAAAAUAGAUCAGUCCUGUAGAGCUGUUUUUCUGCACCCAGUUCCAUGUAAGCCCUGCUUGGACUGUCUAUGGAGAAGAGGCUUUAUAACUGACCUUGUCUACUCUCACAUGGGGAUCGAAGCUGGAUUUUGGAUUUAUGCACGUUUGGGAUGUCAUUGUUAGGGGUCCAAGCAACAUAGUUGCUGUGGACCAAUUGCAUUUCUUUCUUCUUUUGUGUGGCCACUGGUGUGUGGCAUUCAGCGAGUAUUACAGCUGCUGCUGCUGCUGCUGCUGCUGGACUGUUAUCUUAUCAGACAUGUGACUCUGAGCUGCGAUGGAUCAGGGAGAUAAAUGUGUGUUAGGACCCUCGAGUGUCUGUUCAGUGUUCAGUGUGUUUCCUUCGUGCUCUGUAUUGUUGUUGUGUAAUGCAAGCCCUUCUCCUUGAGUUCUCUAUAGCAGGAGGUUGUUCAAUGUUUCUUGGAUCUAAGUUUAAAUCUGGGUUUCUCACAGUUAGUGGCUAACAUAUGCCUGUUUUUCUUCCUAAGACAAAUAGUUAUACAGUAUUAGCAUCAUUGGUCAAAUGUAUGACAUGAAUCUUUAAAAAAUGACACAAAUAUAUAUUUGGCUAGAACCUAACACAGUUUUGAGAGACAGAAAAUAAGAUCGAUUUGUGAGAUAGAUGAGGUAACGCCCUUUAAUAUUAGUAAAUCAUAUUUUCUCCUCAGUAUGAUAAGUCAUCUCAGACCGUAUGUGAAAGUUGUGGUGCUGUGGAUCAGCGGGUGGUUGAAGUAUGCGUUAGAGAGGGUGUGGAGAAUGCCGUUCUCAGUGCCACACACCUGGGUGACAUCACCAGGCAACUCAGGUGAAGGACUGUAUGACAGGUUGUCAAAGGAGUGGCUAACCAAUGAGGUGUAUCGUACCUAUCACCAUGGAAGUGGAACAAUGGUUACAGUCCAGACCAGCACACAUGCCUUCUACGUGAACCUUGGUCGACUGACUGACUGUAGUGAGUACUUCAGAGCCCUGUCCCAGUCCAGUAUGAGAGAGACCACAGAGAGCCUGAUUGUCCUGGACCACAUUCCCUCCUCAGUCUUCCAUUCCCUCCUAGAAUUCUGCUUCCGGAAUGACUUCAGCGUUCCCCCGGAGGAGUUGGGAGAACACAUCCAAGUGGGCAGCUACCUGCUGGCUGAGGCCUUUGUGUCGCAGUGCCUGUUGGCCCUGUCUGGUGUUCUAACCCCAGACACCUGCCUGUCCUACCUGGCUCUGGCCCGGGACAUCAGCUGUACUGAGCUGGAGACGACUGUGUUCUCCUACCUCAGCAGACACCUUCUGGAGCUGUCUCACCUCACCAGGUGUUUGCCGGCUGAAGACAGGGCCGAACUGACCCGUCUAAGGUGGCAGGGUGAUCUCCGGCUCUGCUGCGUGAGGAAGGAGAACCUAACCUCCUGGAAUGACCUAGAAACAGAAGCCGCCCGCCACCUCUUCACCCUAGAUGGAUCAGAGGUCACUGGUGACUGGCGUCCACUAACAGAGCUCCCCUUCAUGGCUGAUAAAUGGUGCUUCACCACGGUGGUUCUACUCAACUACCUCUACCUCAUCGGUGGCUACAGGCAGCGGGCUAAGAGGGGCUGGGAGUUCAAAAUGGCCUCCUUUAGGUACAACCCCUUCACCAACACCUGGGUCUCCACUGCACCUCUCAUCAAGCACAGGAGGCAUUUCAGUGCGGUGUCAUGUGAUGGCUGUAUCUAUGCUGUGGGAGGCUGGUACUUGGACUCUUUGGUGACUCCUGACUCUAGCACAGCCCUCUACACUGCUGUGGAGCGAUACCACCCCAGAGACAACACAUGGACGUUUGUCUCCUCUCUGCCUUUGACUGACUUACAGUUCACCAUGACCCUGUCCCAUGACCUCCCUCUGGCCACCAGCCUGGGCUCCCGUCUCUAUGUCCUGGGGAACAUCCAGAGGACUGGAGAAAAGCUGCUUCUACAGUAUGACACCAGGCAAGACUUAUGGUCUGAGCUGCUCCCUACCCUAACCAAAGCCAAUGCUGACCUCCCCAGCCUCUACUUCCUGGGUGCCACGGACCGGCUGUUUGUGAUUGGAGGAAACAACUCAGAGAAUGUGGUGACAUCAUUCUGUGUGGAGUCUGGGAAGUGGGGGCAGGUGAAAGGGGCUGAGAAGGUAGCAUUAGCUGGACAGGGGACAGUGCUGGGUGACCAGGUGUACAUGCCAGGUAUAGAACACAACGCUGCUGUAAGGCUGGAUCUCCACUCCCUAUCUCUCACUGUCCUCCCUCCUCUACCCAUCUGCAUUCGCUAUGAAGCCCUCCUUCACCUUUCCUUCUAAAACAACUUUCAUCAAUUAGUCUGAUUUGACUUGCCUUGCUGUUUCUGGGGUUCAGGUCAGGGUUAGUGCUGGACAAACGCAGACUCGUCAUCAAGGGGGUCUUUGCUACAUGUGGACUUCACCAUUCUGUGUCAGCAACAAUAUGCCUUGUCCUGCUUUCACUCUGCCUUACAUGACAAUUUUUUGUUGGUCUGUACAGUAGGGGGCUUGCACGGUGUCCUCCGGCUUGUGUUCAGUUUGCAAAUUACAGCCAAGACUGUUCAGAGGUGCUAAGUACUCUCGCCAGCAGAUGCUAGACAAUCCUACCGGUCUGGCCGUCUCUUAAAUCUUUACCCGGAGGAGGAUGGGCUCCCAAUCUCAUUUUCUUCUUAGUCAGGUUCCUUUUAAAGGCUUCAUAGGGAGAUUUCCCCAGUAACCACGUUUCCUUCCAGUUUUUAUGUGAGUGAAGUUAUACCAUAUAAAUAAAUAAAAUCAUGAGAGCUGUGGUGGAAACAGGAAGUUUUGGUACAAUUGUAUAAAUGCCGACAGAUCAUUUGAGCGUUCGACGUGGUGGGAUCUUUUUGUGUUGGUAAGAUUCAUUAUGGCGUUGCAGUGGAAACAACUUAAUGCGCAAGUAUUGAUAUAUUAUAACAAUAUCGAAGGUAACCUGGAGUCACGUGUGAUGAUAUGGUGUGUGGUCCUACUACUAAGACUCGGGAAAUCAUGCAGUUUAUUAGGAUGCAGAUGAAAUAAGUUAUGAUGAAUUUCACAAAAGUGUGCGGUGAUGAGUUUGAUGCGCCUUUCCAAUAAAUGUUGAGUGUGACAUGAUGAUUGAUGCUUGACUGCCAUUUGACAAAUAAAGAUAUUCGGUCUCUUA